UCUAGGUUUGAGCCUUUUAAUUUAAAACGUUUUAUUCCCAUCUUCACAAGAAAUGGUGUUUCUCCUUAUGAAUUCCAAUGAAAACUUUACAUUUUGAUUGAUAUUUCACACAUACGAACAGAUAAUCUACCCCAAAGCGUAGGAUGUUCCAGUAAGAAAUAAUCUAGAUGGAUGACUAUUUUAAAUGAUAGAAUAAUCAUUGCCUUCAAGUUAAAAUUUUAUUUUUUUAUAAACUUUUUUCAUCUUCCUGGAACUGGAAUUUUUGAGAAGCAUUUAUUCUUGGGUGCAGAAAGACACAUUCAGAUUCAGUGGAAAAAAUAUAGGUACUCUUUUGUCACCCUUCAGCUCUACUCUGGAAUAGAUGAGGGUUAUAUUCCUCAGGAAACUGAUGGGAUAUCAGAUGACCAAAGCACAGCCAUCGUCAUCACACGUGGCCAACACUUCAGGCCCUUCCCCAUUGACAUUUUCAUUUGCAGGGCCAUGAAUGCCCGAGAAGCUAUUACACUACUAUUCCUAAGAAGCCCAGCCACUAAAGUGAUCUUUAAGACAGAAAACAGGAAUAUGCACAUACACACAGUCAGGUUUGGAAACUUCCGUGGUUACAUUCAAUAUCGUACCAAGGAUAUUUUCAAAGAUCUCGGUGUGUAUGUCACUGAUGCCUGGGACAUGACUAUUACACAAGGCACUAAUAGUGUCUACCUACAUGACUAUGUAAUUAGAAAUCAGAUCAACAUGUUUUUAAACUCCAUUUGCUAAAGCAUAAAUAUACAAAACCCCUAGAACCAAU